CAGUAUCGUGCACUCUCACAGUAUCACCGUGAGUCUAUGACACCGUUGACUACAUUUCCCACACAACAAUGCGCCCUUCAGCAUCCACACAGCUGGAAAACACUCCUGCGUAAAUAUCUUCAUUUACAAGCUCCACACUAGUAAGCGCAUAUCGAUAGUGUACAGCAUGAGACAGAAUCGGACAGACCGCCUAAUUUGACCGAUGCGUCUCAUCACAGACGGCUGAUCCGGUCGUCGCUGAAUUAUUUAGGACAGAACGGUACUGAGCUGUGCGAGAGACAGUCAAUUGAUCGUGGGAGUGAACCUCACAUGAUCAAGAAAAAAAUGGAUAUGCCUUCGGAUCAAAAGACUCCGUGCAUGCAAUAGGAGAGAAUCCAUCCGUUCUAGGAGCUCCAGGCUGCUCUGAGGAGUGCCAGUGAUGGGAACGGUCUUACAGGAGCGCACCGCGCGUAACACUCAGAAUAAGCUUCGUUCGUUUGAUAGAACAAAAACUAAAGCAUUGGGACAUGCACCAAGCAAGAAAACCACAAAGGCACUUUUACAUCCACCACCGAAUCAUGGCAUCAGCCUGCCAUCUGAACCUGACUCUCAGCGAAGGUUAAGAAGGACGGUACUGGACAAAAUGUUGAUCAUAGCGAACCCCACAGACAGGCAACACAACACUAAGAUCAAAUCUCACGCAACUUCCAAAAAUGGACAGAAGGAGAGGCGACAAAGACAAAACAGCCAUGGUGCGAAUGAGAGUGGAGGCAGGGCUAAAAGUUCAAGUGUAAGGCCUGUAACUCCUCAUUCUGUACACGUGGAGAGAGAAGACUCAUCAGAGUGCAGAACCAAAGCUGAGAGCUGUACGCUACAAAGUAAAGAUGGAGAAGAGGACAGUGCCAGUGACCUCUCGGACUCUGAAAGGUAUUCUGUGCUUCCCACUCAAAUCUCUCCUCCUGACCUCAACCUACGUGCAGAGGUCAUAGAUCCGUCUGACUUUCAUGCCUCGAGACGUUCUUGUCAAGGGCACAACAAGUUCAGAGACAGCUAUCCAGACUUCUUACCGCCUCCUUUCAAUUCUUGGAGUCUCCAGCAGUUAGCUGUGUACUUGAACACCGAAGGCAAGGGCGUUCCUCGUCCCAAGCCCAUUGGGCAGCUUGAGAGAUACUUGGACCGGCUAUUGCAAUUGGAAUGGCAUCAAAUACAAACCGUCCAAGAAGACAGCAGCAAAUCCAAUGCUCCAUUACCUAAAGGUCGCCAUUUGCCUCAUUCGUCUUCUCAUCUCAGCCUCAGCUCUCCUAAAUGCAUCCUCCAGUGCCAGCGUGCGUUCCCUUUGGCGUUACUGUCCUCGUUUGCUAGUGCACCCACCCUUCAGCUUUCAAGCUGUAGCUGCCCACAUCGCCAGAUUCAGUAUCCCAUCUUGAAUGGCACAUGCCGCUCUUAUGCCUACCACCAGCACACACGGCUGAAUCCAUUCCUGGAGAAGAAGGGCCAGGCCUCAGGUUUGCCUAAAAGGAGCAGCAGUGAGAGCAGGGCUCAUCAGCCGGAACCCAGACACCGACCUCGAGAGCACAGACUCAGCGACCCUCUGAGCGAGAGCAGCCACUUGAGGCGCAUGCAGGCUAUCGGUAACAUUCGCAAUCCGGUUGGUUCAACACACAGUGUUGACCAUGUUUCUUCUACAGCUAAAACAGCCAGCAAUGCCAGUGUUGGUGAUGUAAAAAAGAGAAGGCCAGGACAAAGAAGUCAUUCUUGUGUGGCUAUGAGGGAGGUUGGCUAUAGGGCACGAGGACGCAGUGAACAAAGGAAGACCUUUGAUAAAACACAACAGCACACAGAAUUAGCUUGUGCUGUAAGUUCAGAUGGGUUACAUAGCUCAAAAGACUCUGUUACUAGUCGACUGACCCGGAGGCAAAAGCAUGUUGAAUUUGUCACAAAGUAACUUCAAUACAGUGGCCUGGAAAAUGUAUGAACUUCAUUACAUUAGAUAAGGAAAUAUCAAACCAAGUGGUAUAUUCUCUGAGAAAUGUAUUGCAGUGAAAUUUAGACCACUGAUCCCAGUGUUAUUAAAGUGAAUGUAUGAAGAACAGUGUUGGGGAAAGUUCAUUUUAAAAGUAAAGCAUUACAAUAUCGUGUUGCUCCUUAAAAAAGUAACUAAUUGUGUUACUUAGUUACUUUUUUAUGGAAAGUAAUAUGUUGUUACUUUUGCGUUACUUUUUCUCAUCUGGGCUCUGCUUGCUUGUUUGUUUUUAAUAAAAAAAAAGUUCUGUUUUUGGCAAAUGUAAAAGCGCUUUCACACCAAAUUGAAAUGAAUAAACCACAGGCUGAAGGAAAUGUAAAUUCCCGUCUGUACAGUAGAGGGCGCAGCUCAAACAAACCUUUCAGCCGUGCUGCCGCUCUGGAUUACAUGAAGAACAGGACAGGAGAAGAAAGUGCAACACUCUUCAGCAAUUAAAAAUAUGUUAUGUUUUCUAAAGUCAUUUUUGCUUAUUCGUAUGGUUGAAUUGGAUCAUCGGGACAUAAAUUAUAUCUGUGUUAUUUAACAUAUUUAAUUAUUGCAGGAUUGCAUUUCACUCUUUUUAUUGAUUUUGAGGAAUGCUGAAUUUGUUUUUGUGUAAGUGAGAUGAGUAAAUGCAUGUUCUCAUUUACUCUAGAUCUACAGUAGCAUCAUGUUCACACAACACCUCUGCACUCACUCCUAAUCUUUCUACAUGAGGGCAGGAGAGCUGUCAGUCAAUACAUGGGAAAACAGAGCACCUGGCCUUACUUAUUUGAAAAAGUAACUCAGAUAUAUUCUUUACUAAAUUAAAAAGUAAUGUGUUACUUUAAUAGUUACUUGAAAAAAUGAAUCUGAUUAUGUAGCUUAUGUUCAUUAUAACUUCUUCCCAACACUGGUCAGUUCAUCACAUUAACGUGAUGUUACACUAACUUUCAACAAACAGGAAGUUUCACAAUACUUAUCUUCAUUUUUCAACAUAUAUUAACUGAUUAUUUAAAACCUAACAAAUUAUAAUAAGAUGUAAAUGCCACUCGGCAGGGCUCUAGACUCAUUUUUAUCACUGGCCACACUGGUGCAACUUUCUCAAAUAGUCGCACCAGCACACGAUUCUAAUCCGGUGUUCAGUAUUACGACGAAUAUAUAACUUGCCCAAAGCAGUACGCCCCAUGUUGUUUUGCUUUUUUAAAAGAAUUAAAAUCAAUUUAGUUCAGUUGGUCAACAGACGCAGAUGAAAAGAACGAGAGGCGCUUUCAGUGUAUGGAAAGCCAGGAAGGUCAAAAGACACGUACAUUUUAACACGUAAACACCACGUCAGCACGCACUGUUUGCAUGUUGUUUAAGUGUUAAAAAUCUAUGCAUCAUGCAAACAACAUAUAAUCUACGGCUUCCUCCAUAUCAGUGCGAGCGGUUCAGGUGCACACGAGCGUGAAGGUGCGCGCAGCAAAAAUGACGAGGAAAUGAUAGGGCACAGCAUGUGGUGUAUGCUUUAUGUUUUUGUAAAUAAAUGUUAUACAUGCUAGUUUGUCAUUGUACUGUUUUAUUGUUGUUGUGCUUUGCAUUAAGACUUAUAAUGAAUCUAUCUUUCAAGCAUUCGUUUUAGUCUAAGAGAGUGAAAGGUGUAUAGAUGUAAGCACAACAGGCCAUUAUCUUUUCUUGGAAAAAGUAGAUACCAACAUCCCAAAAGCGUCCAAGUAGUGCUUUUUCCCGGAUGGCACACAUAGGUCUGCAAGAUGUCUGUUAAAGAUCGCUUCAUCUGGAAAGCGUCUGCUGUGUUUAAACAUCUGAUAGACAUCUGUAAGAUGUCAGGUUUACAUAAAAACAACCAAAAAGGUGUAACAGCUAAUGCUAACGUUGUCUGUACGCAGAGAAGGAGGGCAGAGGCCGUUUUGUUUGAAUGGAUGUCAAUGGA